AUGAGCAGUAAUAACAGCAACAAAGUAGAACCCAAAGUGAUUGGAAAAGAGACGGUUGCCAGCACGCGUUGGAUCAAGUUGGAAGCUUUGACGUACACCGAUGAAACCGGACAAGCACGGCCAUGGAAUUCAGUGUCGCGGACCACCACCCAACCCAAUGUGGCCGAUGCCGUGGUCAUUAUUCCUUUGUUGAAAAGCGGCGAAAAAAUGGAAACCAUCUUGGUGGAACAGUUCCGUCCACCCGUCGGUAAAAAUACCAUGGAAUUUCCAGCCGGUUUGAUUGACAAAUCGGAAACACCCGAACAAGCCGCACUGAGAGAGUUGAAGGAAGAGACUGGGUUCAUUGGAAGUUCGACUUCCACUGUACCGACCCAAGUGAGCCGGGCGGUUUGCAUGUCUCCUGGAUUGACGGACGAAUCUGUACAUACAGUGGUAGUGACUGUUGAUUUGGAAGACCCACAAAACCAAAAUCCAAAAGCACAACUGGAUGAUGGAGAGUUUAUUACUAUUCACAGAGUACCACUGGAUGAGGGACUACAGACUGUUCUGGAUCAAGGAUCAUCCAUGCCGAUUAUGGGAUUGUAUUUGUUCAGCGUGGGACUCAAACUAGGGAAAGAAAUGGCGGGUAGGUAA